AUUUUAAAGGGUUAAUGACCUUAGGUUUGAGCAUCUGUGGUCUCCAUUUCAGAUAAAAUCAAAAAUGACCUAAAAUGUAUCAUUGGUGUUACUACUCUGACAAGUGGCACAAUAUUAUCAUAAUGGUAAAAUCUAUUUAAAGUCAUUUAAGCUGCUAUAGUAGUUGAUUUGGAAUGAGAAGAAGUACACAAAUGCAUUUCAGUAAAUACAAAUAGAGAAAAUGGAAGUACAUGUUUUCCAAACUCAAUGGAUUACUUUACAAUAAUGGAUUAAUUCAGUAACCAAACAUUUCUUUAAGUCAUUCAUGUUUACAGGUUCCUGUAAAUCCAUACAUCAAGGUAGUCUAUGCCCCGCCCAUAAAUGUGCAGGUAAGAUCAGGUAAAAAGGGUGAGAACAGGCAAGUCUCCUUUGACAAUCGUGUGGUUGAAGAAGGAUAUGCUGGCAUUGCUGCUGCUGCACUAAAGUAAUCUGGAACGGCUUUGACAGAAAUCUUGGGAUUAUUUUUGAUUUGAAUAUUAGAUUAGCUAGAUUAAACUAAGGAUAUAGACAAGGUGAACAUUUUCAACCAUGAACAGAUUUCGAAAGUGGUUUCACAAACCUAAGAAAUCGGACCAACAAUUGCUCGCCCAGUUCUACUGUGCUGAUGAAGAGCUGAGGCAAGUGGCUGCCAAGCUCAACAGCCUGAAUGGCAAGAACGAACCCCAACGCUGUGCCCUGCUGGUCAGCCAGUUCCGCUCCUGCCAGGACAAUGUGCUGAGCAUCCUCAACCAGAUCAUGAAUGAGUGUAUUCCAGGCGAGAGAGCCAACCGAGACUUCUAUGUCAAGUUCCCAGACGAGAUUCAACAAGAGAACCUGGAAGGCCAGCUGUGGUUUGGAGCUGAGUGUUUGGCUGCUGGCUCCAUCAUCAUGAACCAGGAGGCUGAGAGCGAGGCAAUGCGUCCCCUAGCAAAGGAACUGACUCGCUGCAUAGAUGAAGUACGGAACAUCGCCCGUGACCAGGCUCUGCGCAAUCGGAACAUCUAUACAGAGCUACUGUGCCAGGCCUUGAGAAAAUUUGACAACCUGUUUGCAGGUUUCGAGUUCAGCUAUGUUUCAGCCAUGGUACCAGUUAAGUCCUUUAAACAGUAUGACAUCCAACAGGAUGUCACUGUGCUGUUCUGUGAGACAGUGUCCAGGGCACUAAAACGGGGAUAUAUCACUCAAGACCUGAUCGAUGACUAUGAGCCUGCACUCAUGUUUACAAUCCCACGAUUAGCUAUAGUGUGUGGUCUAAUGGUGUUUCCUGAUGGCCCCAUGAAGCUGGAUGGUGAGUUGGAGGACAUGUCUGAGUUAUUCAGGCCCUUCCACUCUUUACUGAAGAAAAUUAGGAAUCUCCUGCGCACGCUCAAGGAAGAAGAGCUUCAUUCGUUGGAACGCAACCUCUGUGUCACUCAUGAAGAGGGUUUGGUUGCCCGCCGCUGUUCUUCAGCCAUACCACAUUCAGCCAUCACUCUGGCCCAGCAACUAGAGCAUACCAUGCAUGGGAGGCAGGGGGCAAAGUCCCAGUCAAGUGUUCCUCCUCAGGCAUGUGUCGUGAUGGAGGAGGACAAGGAGGACAACCCUUCCCUCCUGGAAGUUGAACCUGGCCGUUUAGAGUGGGACGCAGAGGUUGAGCUGUCAUCCUCCAUGCAGACGGACAUCAUGGAGAUGGAGCUGCUCAGCAUGAUGUUCUACCAGGCGGGAGAUGAGAUGUCCAGCUUUCUGUCCCCAGCACCCAGCCAGACUUCAUCUCCUUACCCCCAGAGGAGGGGGGCUGCCAGCCUCACCCCCAGCCCCAUGGCCUCUCCUCUCAGGCUCCGCAGGGCUGGGAGCAGAGUGUCGUCUGGUGGUUGGUCAUCUGGUGGGUCAAGUGUAGACAAAGAGGAGCGUGUCUUCUACAUGGAUGACUUGGACGGGACACAGAAGCAAGGCUAUUCCCUUCCUAACUCCCCAUAUCUGAAUAUGAGGCGGAACAUGUCUUGCCCUUCUUCACCGUGGACCAGCUUGUCCAGGAAGUGUGCGGAGGCAGCCCUCCAGCGCAGCAAGAACUGGCCCAGCAGUAGCAGGCUCUCGAUCCCAGACCCUGGGGCUCUCUCUGUCCCCCCCAUCUGCCUGAAUGGGGAGGGGUUGAGCCAGAAUGUGAGCCAGGAUGUUUUAGAGACAGCAGAGCUGAUUGCACUGAGAAUGAAGGGGAUGAAAAUCUCUGCAACUGUGAUCAAUCCCCCAUCUCCCAACCUGUCUACCUGGACCGAGAAGGUGAAAGAGGAAAAAGAUGACGAUGAAGACAACGAUGAAGAGGAUUCACAGCUGCAGUCUCUGAAUGAAGGGGCCACAUACUGCCAGAUCAGCCCCUGUAUCUGCCUCCAGUGCUCCAGUCUGCAUAUAUUCCCACCAGACCAUGACACCUACAGCUGCCUGACUCCCCAAACCCAAGGUCCCCUCUUAUCUGCUGUUAGAAGCCCAGCUCUGAGCCCCAGGGAACAGGGGAAGGAGAGGAGCCAUGUGCUGGGCCCACGGUUCUCUUCACUACGGGCCAAGGGUCAACAGAGAGAUGGUGUUCCAGCAUCUGUUGCCUGCCCCAGCCUGACCCAGUGGAGAACCAAUGGAGAUAGGAAGGCUGAACAGAUAGUGGUAGAGGCAGAGCCAGAGGAAUACACCCUGUCUCAGUUCAGCUAUCAACCCAGCAGUAAUAACACAGAGGGGAUUGAGCAUCCUGACAUCCAGUUGGCCUGCCACAAUAUCCGAUCCCGUUUCAAUAGCAGCGGUGACCUCCUUCACCGUCUGUUUGUGUGCAUCUCAGGUGUUGCAGACCAGCUACAAAGCAACUACUCCAGUGACCUAAGAACCAUAUUGAAGACACUCUUCCAGAUAAUGACGACUAAGACAGUUCUUGCAGAAGAAGACAAGCAAAGGAAAGCAUCCGUAGGCCUGAGUAACAAGGCUCUGGAGGACUGUGCCUUGUGUAUGGAGUGGCUGUCCUCCUCCCCAUCGAUGGAGCAAGAUGUCCAAUAUGAAGGUGAUGUCUCCUUUUGGUCUUGUCAUUUUAACUGUCCCUAUUAUCAUUUUCUAACCAUACAUCAACAACCUCAAUCACAUGUAGCGCUCCCAAACUGGGUUCCUGAUGAGGCCUGUAGCGUCUGCACAGCAUGUAACGCCCCCUUCACCUUAAUACGCAAGAAGCACCACUGCAGGAGCUGUGGCAAGAUCUUCUGUUCUCGCUGCUCUGCCCGCUCAGCACCUCUACCGCGGUACGGCCAGGUCAAGGCUGUGAGGGUAUGCACCCACUGCUACAUGUUUCACGUCACGCCAUUCUGCCCCUGGAACAGCAACUGACUCAACCCUGGCCCUUAUUAUUCUAUCAAUCCAACUGUUUAAGGUAGUUUACUAGCUUAUCAAUUCAAUAGGCAUUCACAAUGUGGUACCUGUUUUUUGUGACUUUUAGAUGUGUAUUAGUAAGAGUAUCAAAAUGUCAUACAAAAUGUUUCAACAUGUGGAGGACCUUCAAUCGUUUGUAUUGAAUAAUAUUUUAUA